AUGUCAGAUUCAAACUUCUACCGACAAACGACUGAGUCGGACAAUACUAUCCUUCAGCCUCCGAUGAGUGAACCAACUGAACAGCAUUUGGAGUACCACUACGAUACCUCGACUCAUUUCAAAACUGACAAUGAUGAUCAACACGAUGUGUACCAUCAUGAUAUCGAACCUAAUAUUUUCACUGACGUUCAAAACACUGACUUUCACAAUAUAAGUACAGAUGAAGCGGCACUCGAUGAAUUGACAAUAGACUCUUCUACACAUUCCGAGAUUAAUCAACCGUAUCCUAUCGGAAAUUUGCUUACAAUUGUGACACAAAUCAAUAACACUAAACCUUCAUUAGAUACUUAUCCAGCAUCUCCAAUAGAGAAUCUGACAUAUAUAGGCAGAUCGGUAAAUCAAUUUGAAUCAGAUGUUGCGGACAAUCUGUUAACGAUUAAUGAACUUGAUUUAAAUGAUGAAAAUAUGUUGAAAAAUCGAGUUUCGAAUGAACAAAAUGUGAUUGAAAGUUGGAUGCAGGAGGAUGAACCAGAUCAAUCGAAUAAAGCCGGCGAUGUUGAGUCAGUGGUACCGGAACAUCCUGGCCAAAACAUCGAUGAAAAACAACAUGCCAUAUCAGAUUCAAACUUCUACCAGCAAACGACUGAUGUGGAUAAUAAUAUCCUUCAGCCUCCGAUGAGUGAACCAACUGAACAGCAUUUGGAGUACCACUACGAUACCUCGACUCAUUUCAAAACUGACAAUGAUGAUCAACACGAUGUGUACCAUCAUGAUAUCGAACCUAAUAUUUUCACUGAUGUUCAAAACACUGACUUUCACAAUAUAAGUACAGAUGAAGCGGCACUCGAUGAACUGACAAUAGACUCUUCUACACAUUGGCAGACUAAUCAACCGUAUCCUAUCGGAAAUUUGCUUACAAUUGUGACACAAAUCAAUAACACUAAACCUUCAUUAGAUACUUAUCCAGCAUCUCCAAUAGAGAAUCUGACAUAUAUAGGCGGAUCGGUAAAUCAAUUGAAAUCAGAUGUGCCCGACAAUCUGUUAACGAUUAAUGAACCUGAUCAGUAUGACGAAAAUAUUUUAAAAAGCGGGGUGUCGCAUGAACAAAGUUUGAUUGAAAGUUGGAUGCAGGAGGAUGAACCAGAUCAAUCGAAUAAAGCCGGCGAUGUUGAGUCAGUGGUACCCGAACAUCUUGGCCAAAACAUCGAUGAAAAACAACAUGCCAUAUCAGAUUCAAACUUCUACCAGCAAACGACUGAUGUGGAUAAUAAUAUCCUUCAGCCUCCGAUGAGUGAACCAACUGAACAGCAUUUGGAGUACCACUACGAUACCUCGACUCAUUUCAAAACUGACAAUGAUGAUCAACACGAUGUGUACCGUCAUGAUAUCGAACAUAAUAUUUUCACUGACGUUCAAAACACUGACUUUCACAAUAUAAGUACAGAUGAAG